AUGGCUGACAAGUACCCCGAGUUGGACGUUCAGGCCGAUGACAAUGACUUCGAUGGCGACUUUUUGUCAAGAGAGAAGGAAUUGGUGGGCGACGAGUUCAAGACCGAGCAAGACGUAGACGUUUUGGCGGAAAGCGACGACGAAAUCCAAGAAUUCAAAGAGCAAUUCCCGGAGGUGGGUGAACCAGACGAACAAGUGGCAGUACCAGUUGACGACGAAGACGAUGAAGACGAAUUUGAAGGCUUCGGUUCGGCACCUCCUGUGUCCAAAGACUUGGGAGAAUCAGAGCCAUUGAAAGAAUGGAAAGAACGCCGUGAUUUGGAGAUCGACGAGAGAGAAAAGGCCAACGAAAAGAAGAAGCAAGACAUCAUCAAGUCUGCGCAGCAAAACAUCGAUGACUUCUACGACAACUAUAACUCCAAGAGAGAACAACACACUAAGGAAGUGGAGGAGGAGGAGGAGACGUUCUUGGCCAAGAGAGACGAUUUCUUGAAGAACGGAACGUUGUGGGAUAGAGUCAACGAGUUGGUUGACGGUGUCGGCGAAUUGCCAGAGGAUGGACGUGAUAAGUCCAGAUUCAAAGAGUUGUUGUCUAAGUUGAAGGGCAAGGAGAACGCUCCGGGAGCAGCCGGCUACUAG